UAGCUUGUAACGCUGUUUUUAAACUCCUCAGACUCACGUCAACUAGUUCAUCCGCGCUAACAUAGCUAAUUUGGUGUUCAAGUGAACAUUUCGGAAAUGAGAUGUCUCGACUCGUUGGGAAAUCACCAGCGCUUUGCACGGAUCUACCAUUGGAAAACAGUGACAUUUUAAACAAACUUCAUCUUUUGGGUCAGCUUCUCAGGUCUUGUUUUGGUCCAUCGGGUAGACUUAAACACAUUCACAACAAUAUCGGAGGGCAAGUUGUGACCACCUCAACGUCAUCAGUACUACUUCCAGCCAUUUAUUCAUCGACACCGUUUCUAAAUCUAAUUUUAGCCUCAAUUCGCAAUCAUGUUUCUCGUUUGGGUGACUGCGGGUUGUUUGCAGCUAUUCUUUGUGUUACUCUCAUUGAAAAAGUCAAGCAGUCUGGUCUAAGACAAAACGAGGCUAUCAGGAUAAAUAAACACCUGUUGGGUCUUUGCACCACUUACCUUGAAGACAAAGAAUGUGGUUGUAAAGUCAAGCUCGACUUUAGCAGUAGCCACAACUUAAUCAAGUUGGUUAGAAAUAUUCUCUGCAGCAAACCAGCCACUAUGCUAAGAGAGUAUGAAACACUUCACAUCAGCAAAUUGGCUGUAGAAGCCUUUUUACUGACUGUGCCGUCCAACAGCAACGGUGUAGUAACUCUGGGCAUGACGGUAAUUGUGCCUAUUGAGGGUCUUCCUGUUAUGGAAUCUAAGGUGUUUCCAGGAUUAUUAGUUGACGUUCCAGUUGGUUUUGAGGACUUGGAGCCAAGGAAUCAACCCUGCAGUCCACUACGUGUGGUAUUAUUCAGUACAUCCCUUGCCGGUCAUCUUUCUGAAAUAGGAGAUGGACCGAUUGAGGUCCAAUACGGCACUGACAUGGACUCUCAGAUCUUGGAUCAACUCCUCGAGAUUGGCAAACAGGUAUUCAAAGAUAACGUCAAGAUAUGUGUUUGCCAGAAGGUUAUCCAUCCAGUUCUGCAGCAAUUCCUGAGGAGUCAUGGCGUGAUAGUUGUGGAGAGAGUGGGGAUUAAUCUCAUGCAGCCUCUCGUUCAACUCACAGGGGCUCAGCCUUUGGCAACAUUACACUCUACGAUCCCUCACAAGGCCUAUGGACAGGUGGGGAAUGUCACCUUAAGACAGUUUGGAUCCAAAAGUAUGCUACAUUUAUAUCCUGCUGAGGAGUCCGUCAUUUGUACCACAGUCCUAUGCCACAGAAAUGAGACUAUAUUAAAUGAAUUGAAGGUGGCAUGCCAAAAGACAGAACACGUGUUACGACUUACCCUAAGGGAACCGUUUGCUUUACUUGGAGGCGGGUGCACUGAGACCCACUUAGCUGCUUACAUCAGACACCAAUGUGACGCCGCCGGAAGUGCAUCAGUGUUUGGCUGCCUGCAAACAGAGUACCUUCUUGGUGUGGAGGCUUUCUGUAGCUCUCUUGAGUCAGUGGCUGCAGCCCUACAGCACGACAGUGAAGAUUCUCUCAUUGAUCUGACUUGCGCUCACCACUGGACCCUUCCAAAAGAUGUGACACAAGAGGACAUGGAGAGUUGUGAGAGAAAGUGUGGCUGCGGGCUAAUAAAGAUGAGCCAGACGAAGAAGUGGUGUCACCUGAACACUAAAUAUCCCGUAUUCUCACCUGCAUCCUUGUCUCCAGAUGUUACUGUGCAUGCGGAUGUGCUUGACUCUUUCACAGCGAAACUCAAUGCUCUACAAGUUGCUAUUGAAACUGUAAAUGUCGUCCUCGAUAUACGAUAUACAAUACAAGAUGUGAAUUAAAUUAAAAUGUUAAGAGUGGAUUGUGACAAGAAGAAAUGAUGGAAUAAAAGGAAUGGAUGAGCCUAAUACAGCACAA